CUCGGAGGCUUGUCUUUAAACGUUCGUUAACCGAAUAUCAGCUAGAUUUCUCUUUGAACGCGUAGAACAGUUUCCAAUGUCGGUUUCAUUGAAAAAGAUAUGGGCAAGCGUGUUUGACAGCCAGCGAAGAAAACCGUUGGAAUUGAAACUAUUUUGGCAAUUUGCAAACCAACAAAACAUGCCCGUGAAAAACCUUGAGAAGUGGCAUGUAGCAGUGACAGAAAAUAAAGUGAGAAAUAAAGUGAGAGAGAAAGAGAGGAAGAGAGAGAGAGAGUGAGAGAGAGUGAGAGAGAGUGAGAGAGUGAGAGAGUGAGAGAAAGAAAGAAAGAAAGAAAGAAAGAAAGGAGGAAAAAGACUGUGACAGUAUUAGGCGGAAUUGUACAGCGUGCCAGUUGUGUUAGAAAAAUUUUCUUCAGCAUUGGAUGUACGUAUUGAACUCGUUUUCUAAAUCCUCUAGAAUUGAUUCGCUUAAGGCGGUUCGAGCCUUAACUAAAAUAGUAUAAUAAACUAUUAGGCUGUAAGUUGUUUCAUAGACAUUGAACAUAUGAACUUAAGGUGUGUGCUGAUUGUAGCUUCAUUGCCAUCGCAUUGUCGUGUCAGGCGGAGAGGUGUUACCACUCUCGCAUGGACCUGGGAGAAUGCCCCCAGAUUCACGACUUGGCCCUACGGGCUGACUACGAGGCGGCACAAAAGAAGAAGGACCAUUUUUACGACAUCGACGCCAUGGAACAUCUACAGAACUUUAUCGCCGACUGCGACCGCCGUACAGAGCAGGCGAAACAACGGUUAGCGGAAACUCAAGAAGAGCUUAGCGCCGAGGUCGCGGCGAAAGCGAAUAACGUGCACGUUCUCGCGGAAGAGAUCGGCAAGAAGCUGGCGAAAGCUGAGCAGCUCGGAGAGGAAGGUUUCGUGGAGGAGUCGAUGAAGUUGAUGGGCGAGAUAGACGAGUUGCGAAAGAAGAAGAACGAGGCCGAGCAGGAGUACCGUAAUAGCAUGCCAGCGUCCAGUUACCAGCAACAAAAGUUAAGAGUGUGCGAGGUCUGCAGCGCCUAUCUCGGGAUUCACGAUAACGACAGACGACUGGCGGACCAUUUCGGUGGGAAGCUGCAUCUGGGGUUCAUCAAGAUCCGCGAGAAACUGGCGGAACUCCAGAAAACCGUCGAGGAGAGGCGCAAAGAGAAACGCGAGUCGUUGCUGGACAGGCGCAGGGACAGGGACAGAGACGACCGCGACAGAGAUCGCGAUAGAUCGGAUCGACGCGGAGGAUUGGGUUACAGGGAAAAGGAUCGCGAUCGUGAACGCGAGCGCGAUCGCGAUCGCGACAGGGACCGCGACAGGGAUCGCGACAGAGAUCGCGAUCGUGAACGCAGAGACAGAGAUCGCGAUCGCGAUCGCGAACGCAGAGACAGGGAUAGGAGAAAGUCACGAUCCCGUAGUCGCAGUCGCGGAAAAAGAUCUAAGCGUUCGCGCAGCAGUAGCCGUAGCCGUCGAUCUCGUUCUCGCCGUAGUGGAUCUAACGAUCGGAAAAGAUAAAAUCAAUUGACAUUCGAAUAAUUAUUAUGCUCAAUCAUUUCUUCUCCAUAUUAAAAUUCACGUGCUUACACA